CUAGAAGGUGCCGCUUGUCCUUUUGUAUAGUUACUAUUAUAUUAUUUAUUAUUAUAUUAUUAUUAUUUUUUUUUGGAGCACAAUAUCUCAUCCAAACUCUUCAUCCUGAAUCCUAUUUAUUGAACUUGUUGCCUCCACGGAAAAAAGCAGGUAUCGUACCACCUCUCACCAGCUACCCCUUCACUGCUCUUCUCUCUGAUAUUUUUGUGGUAGGUACUCUCAUCGACUCUUUUUUCACUUUUCCUUCAACUAUUUUCAAAGAAAUUUGUGCCUUUUUGUUGCUGCUUUUACUUUGUAUCGACUCAUAGUUACCAGUAAUCAAUUCUAUUUGAUUAUGAGUUUUUCAUGGCUUUGUAGUUUUAGUGCUUAGAUUCACUUUGUUUCGUAAUAGUUGAUCUGGUCAUCAGUUUACUAAUAGUUGAUCUGUUCAUCAGUUUACUUGUCCUUCAAAUUUGUUUUCAGGUAAUUUAGUUGGAUUAUUUUUGAGUUACUAACUUCAUACGCUACCUAUAUGUUUGACUUUAUCACUUGGAUAAAAAAUCUGGCUCAAUCUCUCUUUCUUUUCAAGUGAAUCCUUUGAUUUCCUUUCAAAAUUUGCAGUUUUAAGUGAAUACUUUGAAUUUGAUUUCCAUGGAUAAAAUUUUCUGGCAAAGUUUUUUUUAACUAGUCAAUGCUCUGAAAAUCAACUUUUUUCUCUAGAUCAUGUAAGUUGACUUUUGUGCCACGAGGUUCUUUAGGUUCAUUUCACGCCUUUUGUGUUUUUAGUUCGACGUACUCCUGAUUUAAACCGACUUUUCCUUUCAAGCUCAAAAUUAUAUCGAAAUUUUGACGCUAUUUAAUGUAUGGAACGUAAUACAACAAGGACACUAUUCACUAUGGGGAAUCGAUAUCUUUGUUUGGCUUUAUGUUUAUGUGCUUUGAUACCCUCUAUGCUUGAUGCUGCUUCCGAUGGGUUACUGAGAAUCAACAUGAAGAAACGACCUUUGGAUAUUAAUAGCAUCAAGGCUGCUAGAAAAGAAAGCAAAUAUGUUAAUGGUCUUAAGAACACGCCACAUGGUUUAAGUGAUGCUAAUGAGGAUGUUGUCCCUUUAGUCAACUACUUGGAUGCCCAAUACUAUGGGGAGAUCAGUAUUGGUUCUCCACCUCAGACAUUCACUGUCAUAUUUGAUACUGGUAGUUCCAAUCUCUGGGUUCCAUCAUCCAAGUGCAUAUUUUCUAUUGCUUGCUACUUCCACAACCGGUUUAAGGGAACAAAGUCAAGCACUUACACAAAAAUUGGGGACAAUUUGCAAAUAAACUAUGGAUCUGGAUCAAUUUCUGGAUUCUCCAGUAAAGACACUGUUCAAGUUGGUGAUAUUUGUGUCGAAGAUCAAGAUUUCAUUGAAGUUACUAAAGAAGGAAGUCUUGCAUUUGUAAUUGGCAAAUUUGAUGGGAUUUUUGGACUCGGGUUCAAGGAAAUUUCAGUUGGAGACUUGCAGCCAGUCUGGUACAAUAUGGUUGAACAAGGCCUAGUAAAAGAACAGGUAUUCUCUUUUUGGCUAAACAGAAAUGAAGCUGAUGAAGAAGGAGGUGAACUUGUCUUUGGUGGUGUUGAUCCCAAUCACUUCAUAGGGAAACACUCAUACGUACCCGUGACUAGAAAGGGUUACUGGCAGUUCAAUAUGGGAGAUUUCCUUAUUGGAAACCAAUCUACAGGAUUCUGUGAGGGUGGUUGUGCUGCUAUUGUGGAUUCUGGAACAUCCUUGCUUGCUGGUCCAACUGCUGUUGUCACGGAGAUUAACUAUGCAAUUGGAGGUGAAGGAGUACUCAGCAGUGAAUGCAAAACACUUGUGACUGAAUAUGGAGAUAUGAUCUGGGAUCUCCUUGUUUCUGGGGUAACACCUGGAAAAGUUUGUUCAGAGGCUGGUUUAUGUUUCUCUGAUGGAAGUCAGUCUGUGAGUUCAAACAUUGAAACAGUGGUUGGGAAAGAGAAUGAUGGACUUGGGGAUACAGUGUUAUGUGAAGCUUGUGAAAUGGCUGUUGUUUGGAUGCAAAACCAGCUCAGACAAUCAGCGACCAAGGAAGCCGUGCUAAGCUAUGUGAAUAAGCUUUGUGAGAGCAUACCAAGCCCAGCUGGAGAAUCAGUAAUCGAUUGCAGUACCCUCCAUAAGAUGCCAAAUGUUUCAUUCACCAUUGGGGAAAAACUCUAUACCCUCACUCCAGAACAGUAUAUUCUGAAAACCGGAGAAGGUGCGGCUACUGUUUGCAUCAGUGGUUUUAUGGCAUUGGAUAUGCCACCUCCAACAGGCCCUCUUUGGAUUCUGGGAGAUGUGUUCAUGGGUGUUUACCACACUGUGUUUGACUACGGAAAUCUGCAGCUGGGAUUUGCUAAAUCAGCAUAGUUUACUGUCUGAUUAGCGUGGAAAAAAUAACUUUAAGCCUCUCAUGUAAAUAUAUAAUAUUGUGGAUGUAUCGUGUACUUGAAUAUUUUUACUGUGGUAACGAAUACGUUAGGAGGAGGGGUUGUAUUGUAUGAUGUUAUUUCGCUCAUUUGCGACCCUUGAUGGUUGCAUAUGAUGUGCGUAAGUUAUUAUCUAAAACUGAACUUGAGAAAAACAAUUGUGGUUCUUUUGUUUAUCCUGGAUUGAUAUUUACAAUAUGUCUUUGUCUUUGCUCUUACAUGUUAUGAGUGCUUUGGAUUUUUACUAUGCUUGGGGUGUAUUGAGUUGAACCUAGCUUGAUGCAAACACGAUAAAAGUUAGUACUUCUUUAUGCCUUGUAUAGAAAAUGUGAUGUGUUCUUUUUUUCUUAAUCCCAUUAUAAAAAAUCCCCUAAUCUAAUAAAUAAGAGCAAUUUCACCAUGGUGGC